UUUUAGGUUUUAUAAGCCUACAAUAUAUAAUAUCGCAAGCUUCUCACCAUCUCUUUUCUCUUUACUGCUCUAGCGUUGUCUUCAUCAGAAGUGUUCUAUCUCUCUGUUUGAUUUAUAUCUUGAAAUUAGAUUCAAGAAGCGAAAAUGUCUGGUGAAGAGCCUGUUGCCGUUGAGACCCCAGCUCCAGCUCCCGCUCUUGGUGAGCCCAUGGAUAUCAUGACAGCAUUGCAACUUGUGCUGAGGAAAUCACGUGCUCAUGGUGGUUUAGCUAAAGGUCUUCAUGAGGGUGCAAAGGUUAUCGAGAAGCAUGCUGCCCAACUUUGUGUAUUGGCAGAGGACUGCGACCAACCUGACUAUGUCAAAUUGGUCAAAGCUUUAUGUGCUGAUCACAAUGUCAACCUCAUCACAGUUCCUAGUGCCAAGACUCUCGGUGAAUGGGCCGGUCUAUGCAAGAUUGAUUCAGAAGGCAAAGCUAGGAAGGUUGUCGGAUGCGGUUGUGUUGUUGUAAAGGAUUUUGGAGAGGAAACCGAAGGGCUCCACAUUGUUCAAGAAUAUGUGAAGUCUCACUGAGUGAUGCGUUGAAUUAGUGUUCUUUAAUGUCUACAUGGAUUUAGCUUUAGAGAGUUUACCCUCUAUUUUUGGAGAUGUGAUAUGAAAGUUUUGGUUGUCAAAGAACCAAUUUUGAUAAUUGCAGUUUGUAGACAUUCAUGCCUUGGAACUUUAUUUAUGUCUUUGGAUCCUAUGAAUGAACCGAUUCGAUUAUAAA